CACGAGCUGGCCGAGCCACCAUGUGGCCCGAUCCUCUGACACCGCUGCAAACAAAACUCCUCCCGAACUCCUCGAUGACUCCCAUCCCCGACCCCGAGUAGGAAACGACGCCACACAUCCGCCGCCGUCAGAUCGGACCUCGACUCCGAAGUCCGAACACCUUCCUCCGCGAUGGCGGGGCCGCCGCGCCGCCCCCUCCUCAUCCUCCUCGUUGGGAUCCUCGCCGCCGCCUCCCUCGCCACCCUCGCCGCCGCCAUCUACGAGGACCAAGUCAGCCUCGCGGACUGGCAUCAGACUUACAUAGGCAAAGUAAAAGAAGCAGUUUACCAUAGCCAGAAGAGUGGAAGGAGGCGUGUUGUGGUCUUAACAGAGGAAAAUGUGAUUGCUUCUCUUGAUCUUCGUUCAGGAGAUAUAUUUUGGCGACAUGUCAUUGACAAGAAUGACCCCUUGGAUCAACUUAGUCUAUCACUUGGAAAAUAUGUUCUAACUCUUUCUUCGGGAGGAACUAUAUUGAGGGCUUGGAAUCUUCCUGAUGGACAGAUGAUCUGGGAAACAAACCUUGAAACUUCCACGCCAUCAAAACCACAAUUGCAUGUUUUGCCAAACAAUAAAAUGGCAAAAGAUAAUUUGGUUUUAGUUUCGGCUGGACGAUGGAUUUAUGCUGUAUCAAGCAUUGAUGGAGCAAUUUCAUGGGGAAAGGAGUUCUCUCUUGAUGGCUUAGAAAUCAAGCAGGUUCUCCAAUCACCUGAAAAGGAUACUGUAUACGCUGUAGGAAUUGCUGGUUCCUCAAAGCUAGCUUUGUAUCACUUGAAUGCUAAAACCGGAGAGAUAGUAAAGGAUAUCCAAGAGUCACUACCUGAUGGAUUAUGCGGUGAAACAGUACUUGGUUCUGAUAAUGUGUUGGUAGCAUUGGAUAAUACCAGGUCAGGUCUGUUUCUUAUUGAGUUCAAGGGUGAAAGAAUUAGCUACAACAAGGUGCAUGUUUCAGAUCUUGUUCAAGAACUAUCUGGAACAUUCAAACUUCUAUCUUUAAUGUCCAAUGGUGUCAUAGCUUUGCAAGCAUCUUCAUCUGUUUCCCUCCUAAAACUCAGAGGUACUAAUGGGUUGGAAGUAGUUCAGAGAUUUGACCAACCAGCUGCAGUGAGUGAUGCCUUGACAAUCACAGAAAAUGAUGGAGCUAUUGCCGUUGUCCAACAUGUGGAUUCCCAAAUUGAAUUUAUUGUAAAAUUUACAAGUGAUGUAAACAGUGAAGUUAUUAGAGAAAAAGUUAAUAUAGAUCAACAUAGGGGCAAUGUUGAGAAGGUCUUCUUGAAUAAUUAUGUCCGAACUGAUAGAUCUCAUGGUUUUCGAGCUUUGGUUGUAAUGGAGGAUCAUUCACUCUUGUUAAUCCAACAAGGUGAGGUUGUUUGGAGCAGAGAGGAUGGGCUUGCUUCAAUUGUUGAUGUAACAACGUCUGAAUUGCCUGUUGAGAAGGAUGGUGUCUCAGUUGCAGAUGUGGAACACAAUCUCUUUGAAUGGCUUAAGGGACACUUGCUUAAACUCAAAGGAACUCUAAUGCUUGCAAACGCUGAUGAAAUUGCUGCAAUCCAAGCAUUGAGACUCAAAAGCUCUGAGAAAAAUAAGAUGACAAGAGACCAUAAUGGAUUUCGUAAACUCCUUAUUGUACUAACAAAGGCUGGCAAAGUGAUAGCUCUGCAUACUGGAGAUGGACGCAUUAUCUGGUCAAAUUUGCUGCCGUCCCUUCGUGCCUCCAGAUCUAGUGGAAUGCCUUCUGCCUUAAGGAUAUACCAAUGGCAGGUCCCGCAUCACAGCGUGAUGCGUGAGAACCCGUCCAUACUUGUUGUUGGCAAAUCUGGAGCAGAAUCUUCUGCUCCUGGUGUCUUUUCUAUUCUUGAUUCGUAUUCUGGAGAACUGAACUCUAUGAAGCUUGACCAUUCUGUUGUCCAAAUUAUGCCAUUGGCACUGAAGGAUUCAUCUGAGCAGCGACUUCAUCUGAUUGUUGAUUCCAAUUCCCAUGCUCAUUUAUAUCCGAGAUCUAGAGAUGCCCUUACCGUAUUUCAUCAUGAAAUGUCAAACCUGUAUUUAUACUCUGUAGAUAUUCAGAGAAAUGUUAUCCAAGGGUAUUCAUUACAGAAGUCAUGUGAUCUUAAUUUGGGUGAUGAGUACUGCUUCAGCACGAAGGAGUUAUGGUCUAUCAUUUUUCCUUCUGAUGCCGAAAGGAUUGCUAUCUCUGAAACACGAAAGAUGAAUGAGGUUGUUCAUACGCAAGCAAAGAUAAUCGGUGAUCAUGAUGUGAUGUAUAAGUAUUUAUCGAAGAAUUUAGUUUUUGUUGCUACUGUGUCUCCCAAAGCUGCCGGUGAAAUUGGAUCUGCGCUACCUGAAGAAGCUUCACUUGUUGCAUAUCUUAUUGAUGCAGUCACCGGACGCAUACUGCACCGUGUGACUCAUCAUGGUGCACAAGGCCCUGUACAUGCAGUUGUAAGCGAGAACUGGGUUGUCUAUCAUUAUUUCAAUCUCCGAGCUCACAGAUUUGAAAUGGCAGUGAUUGAGAUAUAUGAUCAAUCUAGAGCGGACAAUAAAGAUGUUAUGAAGCUCAUACUCGGGAAGCAUAAUCUUUCAGCACCAAUUACUUCUUAUGCGCGCCCAGAGGUUGUGGUAAAAUCCCAGUCAUACUUUUUUACCCAUUCAGUAAAAGCAAUGGCAGUUACACAAACAGCUAAGGGGAUUACUUCCAAGCAGCUUUUGAUUGGCACGAUUGGUGACCAGGUUUUGGCACUUGAUAAGCGCUAUCUUGAUCCGCGCCGUUCAGUGAAUCCCACGCAGCAAGAGAAAGAAGAGGGCAUUAUACCAUUAACAGAUUCUUUGCCUAUUAUUCCUCAGUCCUUUGUGACACACUCUCAUCAAGUGGAAGCCCUGCGAGGAAUUGUUUCUAUUCCUGCAAAGUUGGAGUCCACUACUCUUGUUUUCACCUACGGAGUUGAUCUUUUCUAUACCCAGCUUGCGCCGUCAAGGACCUAUGAUUCCCUCACAGACGAAUUCAGUUAUGCACUUCUUUUAAUCACAAUUGCAGUCUUGGUUGCUGCCAUUAUUGUUACUUGGAUUUGGUCUGAGAAAAAGGAGUUGAGAGACAAGUGGAGGUGAGUGAGGCCUCAGCGUUCUGAUGUGGAUGAAAUUUUGGGCCCUAGCCAUCUUCCUUUUCCUCCCCCUUUUUCAUUUCUAGUGCUAGGGUUCGUUUCACUUUUGACUAAGCCUUUAUUUAUGUAACCUUUUGACAACAAAACCUAUGCUGAAUUAACACACUGAUGAAGUCCUGUAGGAAAGCCACUUAAGCAAUUACAAACUCUCGACAUGACAUUAAAGAACUGUCAGAGCACGGAUGGCACGAAUGAAUUGCUUAUAUUGCGUAAGAUACCAUUGUGACCAAUCUUUUUGGCAGAUUGUUAGUUAUUGCUGUUACCUUGUAACUUAAUGAGCUUGUCAUGUUUCAAUCA